UCGGUACAGCAUGUCAUGUUCUUACUUUUAAACGUAAAAAGAGAGAAGGAGUAGUAUGCUCUGCAUGUAUGCUUUUUGUUGUUGACAGUACUCUGCAUAAAGAAGCAUUAUUUAUGAAAUUAGUACGUCCCUUUGGCAAGUAUAUAUGGAAUCCCGUCGAGACAUCAACUAUGUGGAAAACGUUUAGCACUUUUUGUUGGAAUCUGUGUGUAUGUUAUAUACAUGAUAUAGUGCUAUGUAUCCUUUUGUCGAGCGGCGUUCAGACCACCCACAGCAUAAAAAGACUUUUUAUCAGCAUAACACCACAGCUUGCAUUCUUGCUGCUGUUGCCGCUGAGUUCCGCUGCUUUCGAUCGAGAUUUUUACUAAAGGAUUUUCUUUGGAGAACGACACCGCUUCCAUCGGCACUGAGGAGCUACGAAUUCCGAACAAUAAAGUAAAAUAACACGCUCGUUAACAAAGGACCAUUGCUUGCUAGUUAGUAGAAUUUAUUGUAAUAGAGUUCAAGAUUGCAGAUCUUUGUAUAUGCUGUGAGGCAAAGAUCCAAUAGCCGAAAGUGUUUUGACCAUGAAGCGACGAUAGCAGG